UGUAAAUCUAUUGUGUUGCUUCCUCGUUUAAGAAUUUUUUAGAAUUUUUUGCUAGCAGUCUAUUGUGGUUAGCCUUGUCAGCAGGCUACCCCAUAUAUUCUCUGUUGCGAUCCCUGUGUUAAAUCAUGGAAGUCCGAGGACCAAAAGAAGCCAAGGAGACGCCUGUGUAUUCUGGUAUUGGUUCAUGCUCUGGUUCAUGCCUUUGGGAUAAAGCGUAAACGAUGUUGCAAGGGCCGCACCGUAAUACGAUUCAUUCAAAUCAUCAUGUAACCAAAUAGAGGAUUAAGAGUAAUGCGGUUUCGCCGAUGUUCUGCAAACCCAGACAUGAAUUCACUAAAAGACUGUUUGCAAAAUUGGUUUUGAAGUGCUACCAGUCAAGAACAUAAAAGAUACUGUCUGGAUUAUUUUUGAUUGAUGGCAGGUAUAAAUCAAAUGGAGAAUGGGGGAAUGGAACGAGCGAGGCUUAAAAUGGUUGGCUAUCAAAUAUUUGAUUUUUAAUACGCAAUUCCAUGAACAGAAAGUGAUGAAACAUGAUAGUAUAGGCGUCACACAACGCCUCGUUCUUUAGUAUACCUCACAGAACACAACACUGCGAGAUUUCAGUAUUUUCCUCCAAUUUGGUCUUCUUGCGGCGUGUUCAUUGAGUCAUUUCGAAGCCUUGCAUUGAUUUCGAGGUGGUCAGCAAUGGUGGUGAUUUUCAGGCUCCUUCCUAAUUGGUUGUGCAAGAAUUUCAGAAAGAUCCGAGUCCUUACUGUGGUGUUGUUUUGCUUUAUUACAAUCAUAUAUUACAAUCAAAGACUACCUCCUCCACCUCCUACUAGUCCCUCAAACGUCGUAUGGCCAGAAUUUUCUCUGCAUCUGCCUUUUGUUGAACCUAAUAUCAGUUUCCCAGACAGGAACAUCUAUCUGGCAGUCGCAGUGAAUUCUGCUGCCACAGGGCACAAAUAUCGUGGGCUGAGAAAAGCUAUACGAGAAACAUGGGGAAGCUCGUUGGAGUACACUAGGAACAAGAUUUGGAAAGUAUUUUUCGUUUUGGCGAUAAGUGAAAACAAAACUGAACAUGAAAUGAAUCUACAAGAAGCAUCGCGAAACAACGAUGUAAUCAUUGGGAAUUUCACAGACAAUUAUGAAAGCGUUGUAUUAAAGACAUUUAUGUCUCACUACUGGGUAACCACGAGAUUCCCUUCAUGCAGGUAUGUAUUGAAGACAGAUGAUGAUGUUUAUGCUCGAGUUCCAAGGCUUUUACAGUGGCUAGAACGAGCUGGCGCUCCUAACAGGUUUUAUGGAGGAUAUGUCAGCGUGGGCUUUAAGACUGUCCGCGACCCAAAGAACAAAUGGUUUAUUUCGAAAAGUCAAUAUGAAAAAGAGUACUGGCCGCCGUUCUGUCAUGGAGCUUUCCAUGUACUUUCCACUGACAUUCUUCCACAGUUUUUUAAUUAUACAAAAUUCGGUCGAAAGCCCUUUCACACGGAUGAUACUUACUUGGGUGUAGUGGCUAGUGAAUUAGGAAUCGAAGCUAAAACGUUGCCUGGUUUUGACCUUCGAUAUCACACGGAGUACAUCAGACCAAGAUCCGCUUGCGAUCUUAUUACCUCUACGACGAUGGGACACAUGAUAGAUGCUUUCACGAUGAUGAAAUACCACAAUUUUUAUACUAAAGAAAUGAAAUUAGGAAAAUAUAUACGGCUUAAGUGCUUAGUGUCACAAAAUGCAAAACUCUUUGCUAUUGCUGCUGUAGUGAUUUUCUGUCUAUUGAUAGGAAGGCUUUUUGGAGCUACAGUAUUUAGAUGGAUCACUAAACUAUGGCAGAGUGUAUGUUAUAGUUCAACUAUUGAACAUUAGUAGAAAAUUAUAUAUAACAUAUUUACUAUUUUAGUUGAAAUCACACAUUGCAAAUUCACUCGUAAACGUACACCUCGAUUUAAAAAACUUUUUCUCCAAAAUUUGGAUAGGACGAGACGUAAAAAUUUCACUUAGGAAGUUUGAAGAAAAAACUUGGAGCAAAUGUGAUUAGCAAAACUCCCAUACAGUAAACACCCGCACAUAAGAACCUAGGUUUUUCCAAGUUAGGCUAAACAGGUUCUUAUAUAACAGGUGCUUUAAUUUGUAGGAUAAUUAGGUUCUUAGUAGGUUCUUAUUUUUAUAUGGAAGAUAAAAUCAAUGUAAAAAUAGGCCUUGUAUGACCCAUUUAAAGUAAUUAAUCUAAAGCAUAUUAAGAUUUAAGAUUUGAGUUUGAAUUGUUUUGGACAAAUGGCUGAAUUACAAGUGCAGAGAUAGCAUCAGAGACACAACAACUUAUGAUACGAGCUGCAUGACCCUAAUGUUAUGACGAUUUACAAAGUUUUCAUAGACUACAAAAAACAAUUAUUAUUAAUAGAGAGUCAAGUGUUUCAUAUUUUCCUGGAGAUCUUUAAGGUUCAUUUUUAAAAAUUAAGAACCUGUUUCAAAUCUUAGUCUAAAUAGGUUCUUAUAAAAAUGGAUCAUGAUUGGAUAAUUUUAGGCUAACAGGUUGUUAAAUUUGAAGUUCUUUCGUGCGGGUGUUUACUCUAUUUGAGGUUUAAAACGUCAAUUAAUUUUUAAAAAAAUGAAUUCAAUGAGUUUUUAAGAUUUAAUGCUGAUUUUUUGCAAGUGGUCAUCCUCAAUACUUGGAAAUAGACAUGUGAAAACUUCAAGGCAAUCCAUUCAAUGGUGACGUUUCUACAGCGCGAUGUUUUAUGCUUCAAAUUUUGGAUCGAAUUUUCAAGCGGCGUCAUAACUUUUUUUUUGCCCAAGACUUUCCAUCCAAAUUCAUACACGAUAGCUGAUAAGAUUUUGAAAAUUUCCUAAAAGUCGUACCUGAGGAUGAGGAGAAAAAAGCCAAAUACUGAAAAUAGCGCUGUUUGAUCAGGGUCUGAAUGGGGUCACCAUUUAACAGCUGUUUCAGCAGAGUUGUUUCGGAUCUGAAAAUAGUGCGAAUACCAUGGUUUUGAAGGCAUCUUCGCAAAGUUUGGGAUACGCCAUCUACAUAAUUGUAGUAAAACUGUUGUUCUGUAUGCUGGUUAGUCUUGUUGGCUGGCUGGUCUCACCAUCUACAUCUGUUGUUCUAUAUGCUGGUUAGUCUUGUUGGCUGGCUGGUCUUGUUUUGGCAAGACAUCGCACGACAUUUUAGAGAUAUUUAUUUGCAGACUUUUUUCACGAUAUAUCGCUUGGCGUGCUGGAAUUUUGCAAUGAAAUGUCCUAAAACGUGAAACAACUUUUUAGUCUGUUAAAAAAGGUGAAACUAGGCCAGCAUAAUAAGGAGAAAAUACGAAGAGCUGUUAAACAAUGGCUAGAGCGAAUAGAAAUCCUAACUAUGGCUUUAAUAGUGGAAAGACUGAACCUUAAAUUGUAAGAAAAUAUAGAUGAAUCUUUUGUUAUGCGUUUAUGAACAUGAUCAUAAAUCCAUUCGUAGGAAUGCUCGUACACCCCUGUCUGAACGGGUCACGCAAGCUGGUUUAACGGUCACCUCAUCGUCUUCAGCGCGUGUCUCUUCAUCUGAGUCAAAUUCAUAUUCGUCAAUUUGCCCAGUAUUUGAUUAAAGCUGCCAGACUAUU